CGCACUAACCAGGUACGAACAAAUUCGUUGUUUUUUUCGUGGUUUUUCGCGCGCCACGGCCGAAAAAGCCGAGGCGUCGUGAAUUUCGCUUGUUUCUGACUCCGGACGUGUCCUUUGAGUACGCAAACAACGCCUAUAAUAACUACUGUAAAUAGAGAGUGUAUAUAGUGAUAAGUGAGUGAUAUAGGUGUGUGGGAUUUUAGUUGGCAAUGAGUUCAAGCAACAAAUCGGUGUCCUCCGGUGGGAGAGGCACCAAUAAAAAUAAAUCAUCACAACAGCAUGGAAAAUCAGAUCAUCAUCAAACUAAAUCAUCGGAUUCAAUAAAACAUGAAAAAAUGCAGCCAAACACUGUUCAGAUGCGGCAUGCACAAAUCAUUGACACUAGAAUGGGUAGUGGUGAAGAUCCUAUUUUGAAAGAGCGUAUAAAGCAAGUUAUGGAUAUGACUAGACGAUCAGAAGACGAAGUUGUUAUGGCUUUACAUGAUAGUGAUGGAGACUUGGAUCGUGCAGUUAAUGAUCUUUUGGAAGGAGUAAAAACAGAAUGGGAAGUGAAAAAAAAGAAGCCUCGUCAACCUAGUGGUUCAAAACAAAAUAUGGAUACUUCUGGUGGUCAAGAUGAAAGUGGUGAUUGGGAUGAAAGGCGUAAUCAACGAGGAGGUGGUCCUCCCCGUAUGCGAGGUCGUGCUAAUCAUGAUAAUCGUGGAUGGCGUGGUCGAGAAAAUAAAGAAAAUGAAAGAAAUAUGGAAGAUGGUAUUCGUGACGGCAGUUAUAGUGGUAAUAGAAGGGGUAGAGGUGGCCCAGGCAGACCUGGCCGAGGAGGUCGAGGUGGAGGAAGAGGACUUGGUCCUCGAACAUUUGCCAAUCGAAAUGAUCCAUCAUCCGCUUCGUCAACUCAUAGUUUUAAUCGAUCAAUUGAUACAUGGACAGGUAAUGAAGAACAACAACAAACUGCCCAAGAACCAAAAAUGGAUGCAUGGAAUAAUUUGGAUUCUGCAGAAGACUGGGAUAAUGAAGAGUAUACAGGUUCAUUGGCAGAUACAAAAGUUUUUACACCAAGCACUUCUAUAACUGAACCUGUAUCUUCUACAGAAGAACUUAAACCUCAGGAUCGACAAACAAUACAAUCAAAUCAGAAUGUAAAUUUAUCAUUACUACAACAGGAAGAAUUACCAAAAUUGUCAGAAAUACCACCAAUACAGCAACAAACUUUAAUGCAACAAACACAGCAACAACAGCCUAUAUUAAGUUUACCAGCAAUGCAGUUGUCACAACAACCAAAUGCUAUAAGUGGUGGAGUAUUAACAGCUGCCCAAACACAGUAUUUAACACAACUUACCCAACAAACAAGUGAAAAUUUGAAAGCUGCUGGACAAAAUACAUUUUCCUCUUCGAUAUCCAAUCAGCCUCAAAGACAAACAAAACAACGUCCAAGGGUUCCACCUCCAUCAAAAAUACCAUCUAGUGCUGUAGAAAUGCCUGGAGAUGCUGUUAAUAGUGGCAUUGGAUUUCUUGAUGUUCAAUUUGGUGCACUUGAAUUUGGUAGCGAUUCAAGCUCUCUUGAUGGUUCUGCAAAUGAAAAAUAUAAUUCAGCUAGUAAUACAAUAACUGGUGUAGAUGUGUCUUCUACUACAAAUACUGUAAACACUGCCAAUACAAAUAGCUCUUUGGAUAUUGAAACAACGCAACCAUCAUCAACAACACCUUUCAAUACUACUUCACAAAUGUUAUCAAAUAGCGACAACUUACCAGUAUCAAGUGAACAUUCGAUAAACGCUCAAACAUUCACUGCUCGUGGUAGCAGUACUGGACAAACUUUAGAUAUAACUAAACAAGAUUUUACUUCACAAGUUUCACCAGGAAAUGCACCUCCCUAUGGUACAACUACAACUUAUCAAUCUCAAAAGACAUCAUUUCAAACACCUACUGCAACACCAAGCACUUAUAAUGCAUAUUCUACAAAUGCUCAAUCUACUCAAUCAUCUUUUCAAACUGCGUCAGGCACGAGUGCUAAUAAUUAUUCUGCAACAGCUACUGUUUCACAAGCAAGUUAUAAUUCUUCAUCAUCAUUUCCUCAAUCUAAUACGUCAACCUUUAGUCAAGCUUCUCCUUCUGCAUCUGCAUCUGCAACUUCGGGUUAUAAUCAACCAACAACUACAAAUCAGGUAUAUCAAUCUGCAAGUGGAUACGUACCUACUACAACUUCUCAAUAUCAAGCACAGUCUGUAGCUACAAAUACCGUAUCAAAUAGUAGUACAGGCUAUCAAAGUGGAUAUCAAGGAUCGUCUUCAUUUCAAUCGACUCCACAAGCUUACCAACCAUCUGCUACUACAUUUACUUCACCUAUAACUCAAACAUCUGGAGCUUACCAAAGUGCAGCACAAUCUGUAUAUGCGAGUGCAUAUGGUACAUAUGCUAGCCAACCACAAACAGCAUCUCAUAAUCAUAAAUUAAACAAUAAUACUACAAAAGAUUCUCAAUAUGAUAAUAAUGCAACAACAUCAAAUAGUUCUCUUGCAACUACAACAGCACCUACAUUAGGUCUUAGUUCUGCUUCCGUAAAUAGUUCACAAACUAAAGUAACAAAUUCUAAUGCGGUACCGAAAAGUACAUCAAGUGGUGUAGUAACAGGUAGUAGUGGAAGUGGAAAUAUGACAGGUGGUGCAGCUGGUAGUAUGACACCAAUGCUAAGUCACCAAUAUAUUAUGGGCCAAGGUGUACCUUAUGCAUUUCAACAACCAGUAUAUAGUUAUGAGGAAUUACAACUUAUGCAACAAAGAAUACCGCAUAUGCCAACUACUGGUUACUAUGACGCGGCCUUGGGCUAUCAGACAACCGGCCCUGCUACCAGUCUUGGUGGGGGACGAGGAGAUGCACUCUCUGGUGUACAAGGUGUUCAAGGAGUGCAAGGUGUACAAGGAGCCUAUACCAGUAUUAGUGAUGCCAGGUUCGCUAGAAAUGACAGCAAUGCAUCUCCAGUUCCAUCUACUAUGUCACAACAGACUGCUACACAGCAUCAGCAACCAAUGAUGAAUCCUACACUUCCUCCAACAUAUGCAUAUUUUGCAUAUGGUGGUGGAAUAAUGCCAGGUGGCUUUCAAUAUGGAACUCCUGCUAUUUAUCCUCAGAUAGCGACUGCUGGUAACGCGGGUACAAAUAGUGGUGCAUAUAGUGCUAAACCAGGAAGUUAUGGAUCUGGAUAUGGAGCUGGUGCAAGUUAUGAUGCAUUAGCAUCUGCUGGUCCCUCUGCUGAAUAUAAAGGUGCAGGAAGCAGUUAUACUAGUACACAAACUGGUAAAACUGGAACAUCUACUGGAAAUACGAAUACUGGUGGAUCGUCUGCAACCGAUAUAAGCGCCACUAUGUAUGCAAAAAGUCAUGUAGCACUUAGUAAAGUGAAUUCUUACGACAAACAAACUUUUCACUCAGCAACUCCUCCGCCAUUUAGUCUUACUGGAAGUCAAAAUGCUGGUUUACCUGGUGCAUAUGGAACACCACAUUUGUUUAUCCCAACUAUGCCUCAUCAAUUACAUCAACCACUUCAUCAAGAUGGUGGUAGUAGUACAGGCCAAAGGUCUAAUACAAGUUCCCAAAAUAAAGCCCAAGCAAAACCUGGUUAUAGUCCUAGUUAUUGGACUGGAAGUAAUUAAAAAAUUGGACUGCAAAAGGAAAAAGAGAAGAAAAAAAUAAAAAUGCACCAUUUUAGACAAACUACCAUUUCGCCAUUGUGAUACACGGUGGUGUGAAAUAAGGACAUUGACAUAAAUGAUAUAAAGGACACGAGAUAAGACGAUUUUCCUUUUCUUUUUUUUCUUUUUUUUUUCCUUUUUUUCUUUUUUCUUUUUUCUUUUUUUUUUUUUUUUUUUUUUUUUUUUUUUUUUUUUUUUUUUUUUUUUUUUUUUUUGUGAAACUAUGAUUCUAAUAGGACACAAGUUAAUGUAAAAUAUUAAAUGAAACUUAGAAUAUGGAAGGAUUAAGCAAUUUUUAAAGAUUUUGUGUUUAAUGGCGUGAUAAUAUUUUUCACAUAAAUCUACUAAUAGCAAUUAGUUAGAAAGAUGUUAUACUUUUUAAUUAGUCAUAUUAAUUUCUGUAUUCUUAUAUCUUGAGAUAUUAAGUUGGAUUAUAAAGAAAUCUUUUAACAUGUUAUUCUACUUAUAAUUCUACAUAAUUCUUUAAUUGUAUUAAAAAGUUUUUGGUGUGUAUAAUGCAAAUAUAAAUAUAAAUAUAUAUAUAUAUAUAUAUAUAUAUAUAUAUGUAUAUAUAUAUGUAUAUAUAUAUGUAUAUAUAUAUUUCUUUAAGUUAAUAAAAAUGUAAUAUGCAAAAGAGAAGAAAAAAUAAUCAAAUGCAACAUGAAAAAAUUGCAUAGUUCUUCCAAAUGUAAGGCGCAUUCGUGCCAAAUGAAUUUAUAGCGUUUAUAACGUAUAAAAUCGUGAAAAGAAUGAUCAUACAUAUUUCUCAAGAAGAAGAAGAAGAAGAAGAAGAAGAAGAAGAAGAGGAAGAGGAAGAGGAAGAACAGAAUUAAUUGUGAUUAAACGCUAUAAAAAAAGAAAAUCAAGAUUUGUGAGUAGCUCUCGUGUGAAAUACUGAAAAGAUGAUCUAGAAGAGUAAUUGACUGUUAAAUUUACUCCCGAUCUCCUAUCUGUAUACUACUGUGCAAUUGCGAAUAUAUACUGCAUCGACUGCAAAGGGUGACAGUUUUUUUGUAUGACGUAGGCAUUUCGACUCGUUAACAUCUAAAGUGCUUCUUUACAUGAAAACAAAGCACCCCGUUCGUAAUGAAACGUAAAACUAUGCUAUGUAAAUUACAAUUAUUGUAUGUAUUUAACCAUGGAACAUCAGGUAUAUAAAGUUAUAAUCAUCAUAAUGUUGUCACUUUUGGUAUUUAAAAAUGAAUGUAUAAUCGCACUAGUUUCGCAUUCUUGCGCGCACCCAUAUAUAUACAUAUAUAUAUAUACAUAUAUAUAUACAUAUAUAUAUACAUAUAUAUAUAUAUAUAUAUAUAUAUAUAUAUAUAUUUGAUUUGGUUGCCUUGCAUUUCUUUUAGUUACCAGAAUUUAUGAACGUUAUAUUUUAUUAACAAAAAGCUAUUAAACCAAAAAGAAGAUACCGUCAUACCAUGUUUUCAAAGAACGUUGAUUUCAAAAUGAGAGCGGUACUUAUUUAAUAUAUCUUAUGUUUAUAAAAAGCGGCGUUGCAGAUUAAAUAGUGCCACAAAAUACUAGGAAAAACAAACAGAAUUCAAUAAUUUUCUUGUGGUGCCUUGAAUAAAAUUCAAAUAAUAGAAUUCAAACAUCUGCUUUUUGCAGGAACUUCUCAUAUAACUUUCUACAAUCCUUUCAUACUGUAAGUUGUAUUAUCUAAAACAUACAUUACCUUAUCCUUAUUCAUAUAUUAACUUUUACUAAUUACUCUAUAUCUAUGUAAUUUAUAUUCUAAGAAGUAAUAGGUGAUGUUUUAGUUUAAUUACAGUUUUAAAGUUUU